UAAAAUAGCUUUUAAAUAAAAUAAAGUAAAAAUAAUUAUCAUAAUAAACGGUAUCUGAUUUUUUGGCACCGCGUCCCUGCGUCAUUUCAGACGUUUAAAACAUCUACGUGUUUCCGGUGUCGUGGCGAUCGAUCACACACAUACACACACAACAGUUUCACACAUCAGUCAGUAAACCAACUAAUAAACAACACAAACAUGAUUUCGUUAACCGACUCACAGAAGAUCGGGAUGGGGCUGACGGGCUUCGGCGUGUUUUUCCUCUUCUUCGGAAUGGUUCUUUUCUUUGAUAAAGCGCUCUUGGCCAUAGGAAACAUAUUGUUCGUCGCCGGUCUCUCGUUUGUCAUCGGACUGGAACGGACGUUCAGGUUCUUCUUCCAGCGGCAUAAAAUGAAAGCCACCGGUUUCUUUCUGGGAGGUGUUGUCGUGGUGCUCAUCGGAUGGCCGAUUAUAGGCGUCGUCCUCGAAGUCUAUGGAUUUUUUCUCCUUUUCCGGGGCUUUUUCCCAGUAGCGGUUGGCUUUAUAAGGCGGGUGCCUAUUCUUGGGUCUUUACUGAACCUUCCUGGUAUCAGUGGGUUAGCGGAUAAAGUCGGCGAGAGCAACAACAUGGUAUAACAGUCAACAGUUUAGUACUUUCUUUUAGUUUUCUAUGAGCGGCUCAUAUUUAUAUUUGUAAUAAUAGUGCUUCUGGUUCGGCGUCUUGCUGGACGACAGAUGAGAUUUUUGAUACUUUACCUGUGAAGAAGUUCAGGUGUUUUUUUUUUUCUGGGACUGAUUACCAAACCAAGUCAGGCACUGUUUUUUGUUACUGCAUCAAACGUCUCACCCUGCAGGGGGCGACAGUGACCACUGAACCCCUAAAUGACCAUGAGAUGGCCGGAUCAAACGAACCACAACUGAAAGGAAUCACUUGUUUCUGAAUGAAGUCGUUACUGUUUUUUAUUGCGCUUUUACGUGCCAACUGGUCUGUUUUGCUCUUUUUAUUCUUCAAAAUCAAAUUUGGACUUUUUCCACAAGAGCUCCACCUACAGGAGCGGAGACUGUUUCAUCUCUUUGUGCUCACGAGGAAAAUUCAGCAACCUGUGUGACAUGCUGUUAUAAUACAUGACUGACUUGUUUAAGUAUUUGUAAAUACUUCAAAUGUGAGACUAAUGUAAAUUUUUACAGACAAAGAUCCUGUUUAAUAAAUGGAUUAUGUCCUUUACGGUCA